UAACCCACUAUUGUCUAGCCGAGUCUGGCAGGCGGUGUAUGGUUGGUCGGUUUGUGGUUGUGUUGGAAGUCUCGCUCGCUUGUCAAUAUCACACACAACGAAUACAUUAAUGCUAAGAGAUGGGAAUCUUGCAGUCAUGCUUCCACGACGAACUGCUGUAGCGCUGCUCGCCCUGUGUGGAUUAAUAGCGGUCGGCGAUGCUCUUAUGUGUAAUUGCACUGCCUGUGAGAGCAGUGGUUAUGUCUGUGAGACCGAUGGGGCCUGCAUGGCCUCUACGUCCCGCAUUAAAGGUCAGGAGGAGCAAGUUCGGAUUUGCAUCCCUCGUGUCAACCUGGUACCACCUGGACAGCCCAUCUACUGCUUGAGCGCAAAAGGCCUGUUCAACACACACUGCUGUUAUAAAGACUUCUGCAACAGCAUCCACCUCCAGACUCCCAGCGAGAUUAUUGAAGGUAAAGAGGACAGGUGGGGUCCUGUAGAGCUGGUGGCAGUGAUAGCAGGCCCGGUCUUCCUCUUUUGCUUAUUGCUUAUCGUGGGAGUGCUCGUUUUCCAGCACCACCAGCGCAACUAUAACCAUCGGCAGCGACUCGAAGUUGAGGAUCCAUCCUGUGAUCAUCUGUACCUGGCCAAAGACAAGACCUUGCAGGAUCUCAUCUUCGAUCUGUCCACCUCCGGUUCAGGAUCUGGUCUGCCCUUGUUUGUUCAGCGAACAGUGGCCAGGACAAUUGUUCUGCACGAAAUUAUAGGUAAAGGUCGCUUUGGGGAAGUAUGGAGGGGGAGAUGGAGAGGAGGGGAUGUGGCUGUGAAGAUCUUCUCAUCCAGAGAGGAACGCUCCUGGUUCCGUGAGGCUGAGAUUUACCAGACCAUCAUGCUCCGUCAUGAGAACAUCUUGGGCUUCAUUGCUGCUGAUAAUAAAGACAAUGGCACAUGGACACAGCUCUGGCUGGUGUCAGACUAUCAUGAACAUGGCUCAUUAUUUGACUAUCUCAACCACUACUCCGUCACAAUCGAGGGGAUGAUUAAGUUAGCACUCUCAGCGGCCAGCGGCCUGGCACAUCUGCACAUGGAGAUCCUGGGAACACAGGGGAAACCAGGCAUUGCACAUCGUGACCUCAAAUCUAAAAACAUCCUGGUGAAAAAGAAUGGUACUUGUGCCAUAGCAGAUCUGGGACUCGCUGUACGGCAUGAGUCCAUCACUGAUACUAUAGACAUCGCACCUAACCAGAGGGUUGGCACCAAAAGAUAUAUGGCCCCUGAGGUACUGGAUGAAACAAUCAACAUGAAGCAUUUUGAUUCUUUCAAGUGUGCUGAUAUCUAUGCUUUGGGACUGGUAUACUGGGAGAUUGCACGACGGUGUAAUACUGGAGGCAUCCACGAAGAUUACCAGCUUCCCUACUAUGAUCUGGUGCCCUCCGACCCCUCUAUAGAAGAGAUGAGGAAGGUGGUGUGUGAUCAGAGACUACGGCCCAAUGUGCCCAACUGGUGGCAGAGCUAUGAGGCGCUGAGAGUGAUGGGGAAGAUCAUGCGGGAGUGCUGGUAUGCCAACGGAGCAGCACGGCUUACGGCUCUGCGGAUUAAGAAGACUCUCUCGCAACUCAGCAUCCAAGAAGACGUUAAGAUCUGAAAGACGCAGGAUGCUGCAGAUCCCUGUAGAGACACAAAGGCGAAUAAAGAUUUAAGCCAAAAGCAGCCUGCCAGUUUUAGCCCUUUUUUGAACCUUGUACUGUUGUGACGAGGUCUACCUCACCAUCUUAAGACGAUACUACUGAGGUUGAGUCCAUCCUAGCCCAUUUCCAUUUCUCCAACAUCAAAGUUCCCAAUCGUGAAUGAGCCUCCAACUUCCCUCUAUGGACCUACUGUUCUUGAGUUAUUUCUCUCUUUUUUUUUUUCUUUUUUUGGCAGGAAUGACAAUUGAACUGUGACAGGCAUUUCGAUUUUAUCAUUUUUAUUUCACCACUUUCGUCCAAAAUGGACUUUGCCGUGACUUUUUUUUUUAAAGAAUGUUUCGCUUUUAUUUUUUUGCGUCCUCACACACUAAUACACCUUAUGUCAUAUUCCAGUGUGAAUCUAUGAUUAUAUAUAGUGCUCUACUGCUGUUGUGAGAAUGUGAAAAAAUGUGGAUAAUACUGUCUCCUCCUGUUAUGAUAAUAGCAAUUCAUGUACAACCCUAAGUGUAGCAAAGCGAACACACCGUGACUGUGUGACAAAGUGGCAUUGCAGUUCUUUGUUCCUGUGGAAGAAAUGAAGAAGUGCAGAUUAUUUACUCCAGUAAAAAUCAGCCUGCUAAUUUAUCUUACUUCAGGCUGCAUUGGUUAUAAACUCACUCCAUUAUUGUGGUUAAAGUUUUGAAUGCUUUUAAAUGUUCACGGGGAGUGUGUGUGUGUGUGUAUGUUUAUUUAAUUGUUUUCGGGUUCUUAAAAUCCAUGUUGUGAUUGCAGAAUGCAUUGCGGGAUGAUUGUUUAGUCCUGUUGUCCGACGGCAUACUGAGAAAAAAUACGAAUGUUUUUUGUCAUAAGGAAAAUCACUACCACUUGUAUGCUUUUUUAAAAUUUUUUUAAAUCACCUUAUUUUAAUGGGAACUUUAGUAUGUUCUAUUCCCAUUAUUCUGGGAUGUUGGCAUGUUAAACUGCACUGUUGUUAUUUGUUUGCAGUCAGUGUCCUUUUAAGGAUGUAAUAGACAGACACAUGUAAAGUAUUGAAGUAAAAUAAUGCAUCUCUAUUUACCUGCAUUACAACAUUUAUAUUGCUCUGUUUUUAAUUUAUAAAUACUACUGAACAUUUCUUCCUUAUUCUUACGUUUAGGGUUUGCCAAGACUAACCACCAAAUGCUGGGCAUGGUGACACUGCAUCAUAUGCCAACUUCACUAGUCCCUCCAUCCUUUAUUAACUAAACUUUCACCAAUGUAUUGAUAAAAGUCAGAAAUCUGCAGAUGUUGCGAAUGAUUAACUGGAAUCUGGGAUAUAUAUCUAUAUCAGUAGAUGCAAAAUGUGACUAGAUUAGCAUUAGCUUUGGCAUUAAUGCCAAAUGCUUGUUGAAGGGCUGGAGGAGAACAAGGGUCCUGUAGUAUGUGUAACAUUUAAUCGAUUGCAGGCUCUAUUACAGUGUGUUUCUGAAUGACCUGUGCAUUUUAUACGAUCAAGGUCAUAUCAUAUGAAUCUGCUCUGUGUAGCUGGAAUAUGUUUGAUGACAGCAACAUGAUUCAGUCGAAUUGAGUGAUGUUGAGAAUGGCUAAAAUAACUGAGAAUCAUGACUGAAUUUUGUUAUAUCAUGGUGCAGUACAUCAUACACUGGGAAUUCGGUCCUUAGAAAUGUAUAGGCUAAUAGUUCCACUAUUUAUAUUGUGCUUAAUUUUUUCAUUGCAACUUGGAAUUUGCAAAUGUUUGAUAUAUGUGACUUUGGCAUAAGACUUAAGGAAUGACACUUGUUUCAGAUGGUAGUUACUGCCACUUUGUGGAGGCAAUUUAGUCUAAAUUCCCUGACAUUUGUCUAUUUUAGUCUUGAUAAAAAGAGUUCAGAUUUGGUAGCCGAUGCUUUCAAUCCAAUGUAUAUGAGUUUUUGAUCCUGAGGUUCCAUGUGUAUUUUAAACAUAUUGAAAGGAAAUCCACUUGUGGGUUAGUUGAUGUACAUAAAUGGUAUACAGUAAUAAAUCCUUUUUUCUUA